AUGAUCUACACGGACGAGAUGUGGUUCACUCCACAAAACGUCGAAGAGGCUAAAUGUAUACUGGAAGGGACUGAGACGUACGUGAACGUAAAACAUCAGAACGAGAGACUACUCAGACGCACGCCCUUCAUCUCGACCAGCAACAGCGAGCCGUGGAAGGUGGUACUACACGAGAAAGAAGCCAUAUUAAAUAGGAUGUACCACUACACCACGACCAGAUCAAUGCCUAGACUGGAAAAGUGGGGUAAGGUAGAAUUAAACCCGCUAAUGUGGCUUACGGUGUGGAAACGACACAUCGACAAAUAUGCCAACAACGAGUACCACGAGAUACUCACCGAACUCGAAAUGGACGACGACGAACCUAAGCAGGCAAAAACGCUACUAUACUUUAUUCAGUGGGACGGAGCGUCACCCAAAAAGAGAAGACGUCUGUACAGGGUAAAAAAAACCCUUGCCGCACAACUACAACAAGAGGACGAACGUCCAGGGUUGCCGGGAUGCAGAUUCGAUGACGAACAGGCAGCACAAGUCUGCGCCGCUCACAUGAGGAGCAUGGCAGACUGCAGUGCUGAGUACUGGAAAUACUACGCAACACCCAAAAACCAAACCAGAAAAAGACGCUGGAAAGACAACACCGAAAGCGACGACGAGCUACUGGCAACAGAAAUCGAUGACACGCAAACACAAGAACAUUAA